GUCAUGUAUUUUGUCAACACGUCAUCUAGCUUGUCGUAGGCUAUCAAAUGUAAUAAAGUGUUAAAAAAUCGUAAUAUUCUGUGAAUAUCUUGAUAGAUAGUGUUUAAUUUAAAAUGGUUCUCAUAGCAGCAACAGUAUGUACGAAAUCGGGGAAAGCCCUGGUGUCAAGACAAUUCGUUGAAAUGACGAAGGCACGUAUUGAGGGGCUAUUAACUGCCUUCCCUAAACUGAUGACGGGUGGCCGACAGCACACGUUUGUGGAAACUGAAUCUGUGAGAUAUGUGUAUCAGCCUUUGGACAAGCUAUACAUGUUGCUGAUAACAACAAAAGCCAGUAAUAUUCUGGAGGAUUUGGAGACACUGCGUUUAUUCAGCAGAGUGGUACCAGAGUACUGUACCCAGCUGACUGAAGCGGAAGUUCUAAACCAGGCGUUCAAUUUGCUGUUUGCAUUCGAUGAGAUUGUUGCAUUGGGUUACAGGGAGAGUGUCAACUUGGCGCAGGUACGCUCAUUUGUUGAGAUGGACUCGCAUGAAGAGAAAAUAUAUCAAGCAGUGCGACAGACGCAAGAGCGCGAGGCAGCUAACCGUAUGCGGGAACGUGCGAAGGAAUUGCAGAGGGAAAGACUGGAGGCGGCGAAACGCGGCCUUCCGACACGGUCAUCUAGUGGCUUCGGAAGCGGUUUUAGCAGUUCAACGAUUUCUUCAUCGGCGGUGACUGAGCCCAUCACGGAGAAAAUACCCACCACGCCAGUUCGAGACACUCGUCCUUCAACCCGUUCGGCCAUGAAACUGGGGUCUCGCGGAACGGAUGCAGAAUCCUUCGUGUCCCGCCUGAGGAGUGAAGGGGACACAACCGCUUCCGCCGUGGCCACACCCGCUAAACUCGAGAAGGCGCCCGCCGCUAACCAAAAAGAUGUACACUUGAGGUUCGAGGAGAGGUUGAACUUGACAGCCGGCCGCGAUGGUGACGUACAGAACUUCGAGCUCUCAGGUUUGCUGACUUUGCGUAUAAGUAACGAACAGUUCGGAAAGAUUCACGUGCACGUCGACAACAAGGACACUCGACCUUUACAGUUGCAGACUCACCCCAACGUGGACAAAGAAGCGUUCAGAUCAGAUGGCGUGAUCAGACUUAAGCAAGCUCAGCGUCCGUUCCCAUUGCACAGCGACGUUGGCGUGCUGAAGUGGCGCUUGACACAUUCCGACGCAGCCCCACUGUCGGUGAACUGCUGGCCUUCGGAGGGCACCGGGGGUGGUUGUGACGUCAACAUCGAGUACGAUCUAGAGCAAGAACACCUCGUUCUCUCUGAUGUCAACAUCACCAUACCUCUGCCUUCCGGCAAUCCAUCAGUGGUGGUGCAUCAAUGGGAGGGCAGCUACACGCAAAAGGGUCGUAGCAUAAUAUGGAGCAUCCCUGUUAUCAACGGACAACAGAAAUCUGGCACUCUAGAGUUUACGGUAACCCCAGCUAUACCCAACGACUUCUUCCCCCUGUCCGUAACCUGGACGUCGGACACUUCGCUGGCACUAAUCGCCGCGACCAAAGUGACGCAAGCCGAGGAUGGGUCAAGCGCGGACUACUCGCAGGACGUCAGCUUCCACGCGGACAAAUACGAGAUAGUCUAAUACGUGGCGUACGGUCGUUUAUGUUUAAUAGCGUAGUAAAAAAAUAUCCCGUGUAUUUCAAUAUAUUAUGUUAAAGUGAAUAAAUGAUUAUUGUA